AUGGAAAAUACUCAUCAGAAAAAAGUGAUCUUGAGUAAGUGGAAAUAUCUGCCAUGUAUUGCAUCACUACUGACCUCAGUGCAGGAGAUUCCACAGAUCAUCUCGGCUUGAGUCCAACGACGCUGUCCUACAUGGCUCAAUGGCUGUCAACUUCUAAUUGGACCUGGGAAAUUGGAGUUUAGAAAGGAUAAAUAUAGGUACUGGUUGCUGGAAUGGCUGUUUCACCCAUUCAGGAUGGAGAAGGGAAUAGUGACAUAUGGAAGCAAGUUUCUACAGAGUGAAAAAUUUUUUUACAAUCAAAUUGUGAUUUCAGAAUAUAGCACACUGGCUGUCCCUGAUCAAUGCAAAAAUAUUUUUGAAUGUUUCAUGGUGAAGUUUGAGAUGCCUGGUAAGGUUUCAGUAAUAACUGACAACACCAAUGCCAACUAUAUAAAGUAGAAGGGUGAUUACCACAUUAGGACUGAGACCAACUUUAUAAAUGAAGUGAAUAUUGAAACCCUGGGAAAAACAGGAAAGAUGGAUUUGAGUAAAUUUAUUGCUGUGAAUGGAGCAAUUGCAUAUCCUCAUUAUGACCCAGAAGGAACAACAUACAACCUGGGGAACUCCUAUGGGCCACAGGAUUCCUGCUAUAAUGUUACUUGGGUUCCUCCAGAGACAAUGGAUGUUGGGGUGAAAAUCCAUGGAGCCCAGGUGAUAUAUUCUAUUGCUUCUGCAGAGAGAAUGACACCUUCUUACUCCCAUAGCUUUGGAAUGACAAGAAACUACAUAAUCUUUAUUGAACAGUCUUUAAAGAUGAAUCUGUGGAAAAAUGUCACUUAUGAUUUAUAAAAGAAAAUGUCUCUUUUUCAUUGUGUUACCCUGCAGCUUCUUCCAGGUAUGUAGUGCAGUACACUUUUUGUUACUUUUCAUCAAAUCAAUGCCUUUGAGGAUGACUGUGUUGUAAUUGAUUUGUGCAGUCAAGGUAAUGGAAGAAGUCUAGAAGUGUACCAACUACAGAAUCUCAGGAAAGCUGGAGAUGGGCUUGAUAAAGUCUGCAGUUCAGUAGCCAGCUCUUUCCCUUGAAGAUUUGUUUUGCCCUUAAAUGUCAGUUUGAAUGCCCCAGAGGGAGAGAACCUCAGCCCAUUGUUCUGUUUUUCAGCUAGUGCUGUGAGACAGGCUGAUGGAAAAAUAUGCUAUAUCUGGUGCUUUCAUGAAAAUCUACAUUGUGAGGACCUAGAUGAGGAAAGAGGCAUUGAAUUCCCCCAGAUCAACUAUGGCCAAUACAGUGGUAAAAAGUAUCAUUUCUUUUAUGGUUGUGGCUUUCAGCAUUUGGUGGGGACUUAUCUGAUCAAGGUUGAGGUGGUGAAUAAAACACUGAAGGUGAUGGCAAUAUCUUUCCUUUUCUGAAUUUUUUAA